AUGGCCCGUCAUCCUUCCCUUGAAUCGGAGCGUCCCAUCAUGGGCCAGUCAAACCGGAACUCCAAGCGAUUCUCCACCGUCAGUGGAAGCCCUUCACUCGCUUCUGAGCGCACGACCGGCAGUCUCCCGAGUGGUGACCCCAGGUUGGCCGACAUCGCCCAUCUCUCCGAUGGCUUGCAGCGUCUCGAGAACAAGCCCCUCCAGAAACAGCGGUUUGUUCCGACAGCAGAGAAGACCGACAACUUGAAUAAGUUGGCUCUCGGGGCCAAGGUUGAGCGCGCGCUCGGACGACGGAUGACCGGCCAGGAUGCCGUUAUGCGCAAGCCCCUGCUGAACGAGAAGACGGAAACAACAGCCUCGUAA